AUGGCCUGUGUCCAUUCGGGAGCUUCAGAUCUCAGCCCGCCAGGGCCUUCCCAGGCUGUCUAUCGAGAGGAUUGCACCCAGUGCUUUGAUUCAAUCGACAAUGAAGCUGGUCUGAAUGUGUGCCUCCAUUGCUUCAAUGGGGGCUGCGCUGGCGAUAGGGACCAUGCCUUACUUCAUUUCAAGCGCUAUGGACACUCGCUAGCUUUGAACAUUCGACGAACUCCAAAGCAAGUUCAGCUGCAGCGCGAUGAGCCUCCACCCAAAAUUUCGAAACUUGCAAUUGCUGCCGAGACGGAAGACGAUCGUUAUAAUAUUGUGACAUCGGUAGUAUGCUAUUCAUGCCCUCGGGAAGGUGUGGACAAAACAACUGGGAACCUACCCACGGUCAUUGAGGGCAUCAUGACUGCAAUGACUUUCUCUAAGCGGGAAGAAAUCAAGGCCUGGGAGCAGGAGUUUGUACCUUGUGAACAUACUCUGUGUUUGACGCAACAGGAUGUUGCAGAUGCCACAUCCAAAGACUCUAGCCAGUGCUCAGCAUGUGACUUGAAUGAAAACCUCUGGCUUUGUCUGGAAUGUGGUAAUACUGCAUGUGGGCGGAGCCAGUUUGGGGGAACCCGGGGAAAUUCGCACGCUCUCGCCCAUGCUGAUGCCACAUCACACGCCGUUGCUGUCAAAUUGGGUUCGAUUACAGCAGAGGGCUCUGCCGAUGUCUACUGUUAUAAAUGCAACGAGGAACGGACAGACCCAGAGCUUGCCAAUCAUCUUGCUCAUUGGGGUAUCUACUUGGCUGGACGCGAAAAGACGGAGAAAAGCUUGAUGGAGAUGCAGGUCGAACAUAACCUUACAUGGGACUUCUCCAUGACCACGGAGGAUGGCCGUGAGCUCGUACCAGUCUUCGGUCCCGGGUUUACCGGCUUGGCCAACCUGGGAAACAGCUGCUAUCUUUCUAGUGUUAUGCAGUGCAUUUUCUCUACCGAAGGCUUCCAGAGCCGAUACUACCACCCCUCCGAAGAACCACCAUUGUGUCAAGCCCCAGCGCAGGAUCUAGAAACCCAGUUGAGGAAACUUGCAGAUGGCCUCCUCUCUGGUCGGUACUCUCAACCAGACCCCCGCGCUAUUGCAUCCGCCGCUACAUCAGAGGCCCCUCUUCCCCCUCACCAGAAAGGAUUGGCACCAUCUAUGUUCAAAUAUCUUAUCGGCCAGGGCCAUGAAGAGUUUUCUACGAUGAGACAACAGGAUGCCUUUGAAUUUCUGUUGCAUCUGUUUAAGUCCGUCAGUCUUUCAAAACACGUCGGCAACCAGGUCAACCCCGUUCAACACUUUCGAUUCGAAAUUGAACAACGCCUUCAGUGUCUCAACUGUAGGAAGGUUCGUUACAAAGUGGAUGAACAAGACAACAUUUCCGUUGCAGUGCCUGCGCGCCGCGUUCCGGGUGAGGCAGAUCAGUUUGAAUCGGUGACCUUGUCCGAAUGCCUGGACAUAUUUACAGCAGAUGAGAUCGUUGAACUCACUUGCCCUGGAUGUGAGAGCCAAGAUGGGUUUUCUAAACGGUCUGCUUUCAAGACCCUACCCCAGGAGCUUACUAUCAAUGCUCGUCGCUUCGAACUUGUCAAGUGGGUACCUACAAAGUUGGAUAUCCCGGUAGUCGUUGGCGACCAACCACUUGACUUUGGGCCAUAUCUGGCCGGAGAGCAUGAUCCAAACGAAGAGCUACUUCCAGAGCGCACGGAAACGACAUCAUUUAUUCCCAAUCGCGAAGUUCUUGAUCAGCUCCUGAGUAUGGGUUUCCCCGCACCCAGAUGUGAGAAGGCCCUCCAUGCAACUGGCAAUUCUGACCCGGAGGCCGCGAUGAAUUGGCUUUUCGCUCAUAUGGAGGAUCCGGAUAUUGACAAACCCAUCGUGUUGGAUCAUUCUGCAGGCCGCCCAGAGGAUAUGCAACAAGAUGAGUCAAAGAUUGCCCAGCUAGGCGAGAUGGGAAUCGAGGUCCCUCGUGCUCGACGGGCUCUUGCAGCGACGGAUGGCGAUGUCAACCGGGCAUUAGAUUGGGUUUUCAGUCAUCCAGACGAUGAUGAAAUGGAGGAGAGUCAUGCUGAGAAUGAUGAUGUUCAAGCUCGUCAAGGCCCAAUUGGCUACGAUACCUUGCCAGCCCAGUACCGACUCCGGUCAAUUGUCUGUCAUAAAGGCACAUCCGUCCAUGCAGGUCAUUAUGUGGCUUUCAUCCGCAAGACCCUGAAGGGCGAAACCUCUCCAUCGUGGGUACUGUUUAAUGACGAGAAGGUUGUGAAGUGCGAGAAAAUUGAGGACAUGAAGAAGACUGCCUAUAUGUAUUUUUUCACUCGUGCUUAG